UUCGCCAAUGAGACGUCUGGGUUUGUCAUCUUUGGAAUGAAGACAACGAAGGACACCGCAGAAAACCCAGUGGAUAGAGCCAAAGCUGACGGAGCUGAGCUUAUGUAAUGCAUCAAAGAUGCCUCUGUGAUGCAGCAGCAUCGAGAUGAACCGCUCGCUUGCUCCAAAUAACAUGCGCGAAUGCAGAUGUUGCAUAAGUCAUCAUCCGAAGUUUAAAAACAAGCCCCCCAGUCAUUCUGACAACGAAAGCAGACUUAAUUGUUGCAUUCCAGGUGGUCACCGGACACUCGUCGAUCAUCAGUAUUCUCUCCAAUGAUGUUUCACGUGGACACAUCCCGCGCACAGCCAUGACUCGCCCCACUCUCCGUGGCUGGUGCAGGUGUUGAAUGGGCGAGGGGUGUCGAGGUCCGUUCCUCGGCCAACUCACCUUCGGCCGGGGGUCCUGCACCAACGGCCCGCACAGCGCCAAUCAAUCACCCAUUCAUCCGUAUUGACGUUGACGUUAACGUGGAUGAGCGUUGGUGGGCGUGCAUCGCUCCCGUCCCUCCCUGUCCCAAAAGGACCGGUGACCCGACCACGCGUCGGACUCCCAUUUAAGCUCGUGUCUGUCCUGUUUCUAUGUUGGUAGCCGUCAUCAGACAUUUUGAAGCCAUCAAUAGCAAUUGCGGCGAGCCCCAAACUGUCGGACCACCUAGCCUGCAAACAAACGCCCGCCCGUAAUACAAAGUGCAAGCCUACCAUGAAGCUAUCGAGCACCGUCGCGCUGCUCGGUGCAUCUCUGCCCGGAGUCCUCGCGUGGGGAAGUCUGGGACACAUCGCGACGGCGUACCUAGCCAGUCACUUCGUCGCAAACACGACCGAGAAUUUCUUCCAAGAACUCUUGUGUAACGACACCGAGCACUACCUGGCCGGCGUCGCGACCUGGGCCGACACGAUCCGGUACACGAGAUGGGGCCACUUCACAGGACCAUUCCACUUCAUCGACGCCCACGACAGCCCGCCCGAGUACUGUGGUAUUGAUCUCGAACGGGACUGCAAGGCCCAGGGCUGUGUUGUGACGGCCCUCGCCAACUACACCGCGCGGUCGCUGGACCCCGAGCUGAGCGGCUGGGAGCGCAACCAGGCCGCGAGGUUCGUCGUGCACUUCAUCGGCGACAUCCACCAGCCUCUUCAUAACGAGGACGUGGCCCGAGGUGGAAACGGAAUCCACGUGAAGUGGCACGGCACCGACUUCAAUCUGCACCACGUCUGGGACAGCUCCAUCGCCGAAAAGUUGAUUGGGGGCUCACGCCGGAGGCCGUACGACAACGCGAAGCGGUGGGCGGACGAGCUGGCCGAGGAGAUUAAGACGGGCAGGUUUGCCGAGCAAAGAGAGGAGUGGCUGAAGAGCCUGGACUUUGACAAUGUCAACGCAACCGGGCUGCAGUGGGCGAGAGAGGGCAACGCCUUCGUGUGCACGCACGUGUUUCCCGAGGGGCCGCGUGCGAUCGCCGGCCAGGAGCUCGGCGGCGAGUAUUUUGAGAAGGCAGCACCGGUGAUUGAGCUCCAGGUGGCCCGCGCAGGCGUAAGGAUGGCCGCUUGGCUGGAUCUGAUUGCCGUCGCGUACCAAGAUCAAGCGAAAAAGGCCAGUGUGGCCAUGGAAGAGUUAUGAGAUGAGACGCCAAGCACAUGCCGCUGCCUGUACUCCCGACUUCCCAUAGAACAUUCUUGUUUACUCACCAGGCGAAACGUGACUUGACGCAGCCAAAACUCGGACCAUAUAUGGUAGCCCUAUCCGGAUUUGCUACUGGCCAACUGCACCGUGACACAUGUUGUCAAGCAAUUGACUGAUGAAACGACAGCCUAUGACAGAUUGCCAAGACAUCAAGAGGCUCCUUCUUGGCCAUACUGCCGAAAGUCACAACAGCCGCCACGCGGCGGCUCACUGACUUUACAUUGACAGCAAAAUCGGUCGGGUGUCGCGGACGGAAGGAUGAUCACGCCGAAUGUGUUAUAUGGUCUUGGCCAGACUCUCUCCGGUCGAGGAGUCCUUCUGGUGGGUGGCCGUGUUUGAUUACCAUGGAAGAGUGUUUCCCAGAGGCGCACUCGGCAAAACGUUUCCUGGCGUUGAAAGAAGUGGCGUGACUUCGGCUUGCUGGGCAGUGGAGAAUUUGGAAUCGGACUGGUGGCGGCCUCAACGUCUGGCAGUGAUAGCGGGGUGUGCGUAGCACUUAGGAUGAUAGGCGACUUCUGGCAUCAGGAUUGCGAUGACAGUCCUUGUCGAGGGUCUGAGGGCAGCAGGAGGAGCAUUUCUUCAAAGGGGAUUGGACGCCAAUGGCAGUGCAUGGCAGAAGACCCAACGGGAUUGGCACGGCUUCUGCACAUCAAGUUUUGCGAUGACGGCUGAGCUUGCUGGGUCGUCAUUCAAGGUAGCGAAAGAAGGCAAUGGGAAGCGUUUGUC